CUCGGUCAGUUCAGCAUGUGGACCUAUCCUCCUCUCGUCGUCUGGGAGGACCUCUGGUACCAGUGGAGGACUAUCUACGUGCUAGUAGGGCUCGUGUUCUGGAACAUGCUUCUCCAGCCGGUCAUGCAGGGUCAAAUCUUCGACGCGUUUGCGGAGAUUCGCAGCAAGGCCACAGCCGCCACCCUUGAGUUGGAGUCGAAGUGCUUCGUGACAGGGCUGGAGCGUCACCGGUUCAGCAAGUAUGCUGGAGAGUGGGAGACGAGGAGGGGAGGGAAGUACGCAAUACGGUACCUGCUGUACCUCAAGCACCUCCUGGACAAGGACCCUGCCGACUACAACGGGACGGAGAGAAG